AUGGACAACAAGACUGUGCUGUGGGAUUCGGCGAGUGGCAUGCGUGUUGGAACGCCUUUAGUGGGCCAUACCCAGGGCAUCACAGAAGUCGUGUUUUCAUCCUGUGGACGACGGCUGCUUACUUCAUCGUAUGACAAAACAUUAUAUGUGUGGGAUGCAGACACCUAUCUCCCAGUGCUGGGCCCUCUUCGCGGACAUCAAUGGCAUGUGAACACGGCUCGCUUCUCUCCAGAUGAUAAGCUGAUAGCAAGCGGCGGAGACGAUUCCCUGUUCAAGAUUUGGGAUACGUCUUCUGGAGAGUGUCUCGCAACGUCACAACUCCCUGGAUGGAUCAAGCAGCUUGCAUUCUCCCCUAACGGUGAACACUGCGCACUAGCAAUGAACAACAGUAGCAUCUGCCUUUACGACGUGUCGCGAAGAGAGAUCUUAGCCGACUCGAAUGCAUUCGUUGGACAUAAAGGCGUAGUUCAUACCGUUGCGUACUCACCCGACGGACGCUUGCUCGUGAGCGGCUCUUCAGACCAUACUAUCCGCCUUUGGGAUCCCAACAACGGGAAACCUAUCGGUGCUGUUCUCAGGGGACAUCGUGACACCGUCAACUACGUCGACUUCUCCGUCGAUGGGACGGAGCUGAUCAGCACCUCUAGCGACCACACCUGGCGGAUAUGGAGCACCACUAGUGGCGAGUGCCGCCUCACGAUAGGACCUUUCUACCAGCUAUACUUAUUCUCUAGCCGAGUGGCAUGCUCCCCCGACGGAGAGCACUUUGCUUGCUGGAGCGGCAACGACAGCAUCUAUGUGCGAAGCAUCUCAACAGGCAAAGUCAUUCUCCCUCAGGGAGUGAAAGAAGAACCGUGUUCCCCGGAAGAAGAUAUCAUGGGGCGGUUUGAGAUCCCAAUCGCAUUAGCAUGGUAUCCUGACGGUGAACGAUUUGCCUCUGCUGGAAGCCGUUCUGUGGUGCGAGUAUGGGACGCUAAGACGGGUAAAGAUCUCAGCACUCCUUUCGUCGGCCACCCAUUUGAUCCAGAUAAACAUCCGGACAUCCUCUGCGUUGACAUCUCAUCCGAUGGCACUCUGCUGGUAACCGGCUGCGAAGAUUAUACAGUAGGCCUGUGGAACACAGAGACACAGGAUCUUGUGUACCCUCCUUUCAGGGAGCACGACUAUCACGUCAUGGCAGUGAAGUUCUCACCCGACGAUUCUCUCGUCAUCAGCGGUUGUAGACUCGGAUCAAUUGGAAUCUGGGAUACCCAUACCGGAGACCUGGUUCACGUCAUACCGCCGCUCACGCCAAAGACAGCUGUGUGGGGACUUGACGUCUCGCGGGACGGUCGACGGAUUGCCAGCGCAUCGCUCGACCACAAUGUCUACAUCUGGGACAUCGCCACCUACACGCUCCUUACUAGCUUCAAUCAUGGGUCCCCUGUACGUUCAGUCAGCUUCUCGCCCGAUGGGUCCCACUUCGUAAGCGGUGCUGAAGACCACGUGGUCCGCGUAUGGGACAUAACGCGUGGAGAUAAGGUACUAGAGCUGCAGAAGGAAAAGAAAACAAAAGCGAUCGAAGAUGAAUACUUGGACGUUGUGGCGUAUUCUCCGAGCGGGCGCACAUUUAUUGUGGGGUCAUGCAACGACAUAUUAUGCGUUCACGAUGCGGAGUCCGGCGGUCUUGUUCAUGCUCUUAAGCAUGAAAACAAUGUUCGGGCGGCUGCUUUUUCACCAGACGGCGCUUUCAUUCUGACCGGGUCUCAAGAAACGCACCUGAGAGUUUGGGACGCUGUUUCCGGAACCCAAGUUCUCCCAAAGUUAGCACAGGUACAAGUCAAGAAAGCAUCUCAGGCCGGAGGGGGCACGUCGCGUGGAAGGACAUUUCAUUGGAGAGUUUACUCAACAUGCCGGCAACGAUAUCGCGCGACGCAAGAGGCCGUAGACAUCACCCUCAUCGAGGACUUUUCACUGACGAGGACCCUCUGCAACACGUGA